GCUCUACCCUUAAGCCACAGGCAACGCACAAUAAAUUCAUUAUGAUUUACUUUGUCUCGAAUUAAACAAAUCACAGAAUCUAUUGCCUUUGGGGUUUAGUUAAUGAAAAUACCUCCCCUUAAAUCAAUAAGGAAAUGACUAAAGCUCCUUAUGGUCUAUGAGGUAAUAUGUACACUGGGCAUUGUAGGACUGACGUUGUGUUGACACGGUUGGAACCACCACCUAUAUCAAACAGCCGGUAUUACCUGACCUUUUGAACCGUGUUUUAUCACUGGUCCCAAACCCAUUUUUUCAGAUGGUAUAAAAAGAGUGGCCUCUCUCUUCCAGUUCUGACACAUCUACUGCUCUGUCGACUGGUGUUGGUCUUCGAUUUUCCUCUUUACCUUAUUAACCACCUCUUAAGCAGCAACCAUGACCCAGCUAGAGACAGCCAUGGCCAUCCUGAUGAAGACCUUUGAUACAUAUGCUGCUGGUGAGGGCAGUAAAGACUCCCUAAGCAAAGCCGAGGUCAAGACUUUGCUUGAGAGGGAGCUGCCUGGGCUGCUCAAGGCAGCGAAGAACCAAGAUGAGGUUGACAAGCUCCUGAAAGGUCUGGAUUUUAACGGAGACUCUGAGGUCGACUUCAACGAAUUUGUUGUGCUGAUAGCUGCUCUUACCUGCGCCUGCCACAACCGCUGUCCCAAGAAGUGAGCAGGGUGACUGCACCUUGGGGUGGGGCCAAAUAGCGCCAUCAAGGCGAAUCCCUGUUGUGACCGUUUUCUGUAACAACCGAAUAAAAUGAUUUAUUUACCUGUA